UUUUCAUAUCCUGCGGGCCAUGAAACCACCCAGGCCACCCCUCAGUGUCAGUCACAAGGUUGUCCCAACCCAAUAGCUCAUUCCCAGCCCCACCCAACACACACACACACACACAAACUGGAUCAUUCCAAGUUCACCUCCCCUUUCCUUACAAGCUCACUCCCAACUCUCCACCUCACUUCUUCGUCCCGUGGCCGCUUCCACUCGAGUGGAUUCAUGCUUGGCCCUUGCCCUCCUCGCCCACCAUGCAGAACAACCAUGCCAAAGAACACCUCUACAAAAUCUUGGUUAUAGGAGACCUGGGCGUGGGCAAGACCAGCAUCAUCAAGCGCUAUGUACACCACAACUUUAGCCCAAACUACAGAGCCACCAUCGGUGUAGACUUUGCCCUCAAAGUGCUCAACUUGGACCAGGAGACUGUGCGCCUCCAGCUGUGGGAUAUCGCAGGUCAAGAGAGAUUUGGCAACAUGACCCGCGUAUAUUACCGCGAGGCAAUGGGCGCCUUCAUUGUGUUUGACGUGACGAGGCCCGCCUCCUUCGAGGCAGUCACCAAAUGGAAGGAGGACUUAGACUCCAAAGUGACACUGGCCAAUGGGAACCAUGUGGCCACGGUGCUCCUGGCAAACAAAUGUGACCAGGGACGGGAUGUACUCACCAAUAAUGGAAUAAAGAUGGAGCAGUUCUGCCAGGAGAAUGGCUUUGUGGGAUGGUUUGAGACAUCUGCUAAGGAAAACAUCAACAUUGACGAGGCGGCUAACUGCUUGGUGAAACACAUCAUUACCAGUGAGAACGACAUGCUCCAGUCGGAGGUCCACGACACCAUCACCCCCCAAUUAGAGACGGACAAAGGCGGGACAUGCACCUCCUGCUUUAGAUCGCAGUAAUGGCUCUCGACGCGUGGGCGUCCUUGUGUAUGUCAUUCCGCGCAAAGUUGGACCGUGCGCAGAGGUAGAGCUUGUUGAUUUUUAGAGAGGAUGUUUUUCUCCUCCGACGGUUCAUUUUGGCUCGAGGAAGGCAAGAGCCGAAGGAAUGAGCGGACAGAAGAAAAGGUUGAGAACAAUAGACGAGGAUGCGUGUUCCUGUCAAAAACAAGGUCCCCCGCAUCUUUAGCACUCCAACUUCUGUAACCAUGGAGAUGCGAUUAGUCUAUGAACAUGUUCAGAGGUGGAAUAUCUCUGUUCAAGGUUCAGAUCUUCAAUACAUGUUGGCUGUCACCCCUUAUGACCUUUGCAUCGCAGUCUCUCGCCCACUCUUUGGUUUGCUUCACUCAUUU